AAUGGGUUAUGAAAGGUGGCCCUCAGGAAGCUGAUCAGGAAAACAGAAAAACAGAGGUCAGUGCCGCAAAUUGAUAUUGGCUUAUGUCCAGCAGUGGCCAAGUGUGAACUGAUGACGAUGAAGAUGCUGUUAAAUUAAAAGUGCAGACAUUACGUUAGUUUAGUUUUUUAUUUAGAUACUAGUAAUAGGCAGUCUUGUGAGCCCGCGGGGGUAGGUACCACCACCCUGCCUGUUUCCGCCGUGAAGCAGUAAUGCGUUGCGGUUGGAAGGGUGGGCAGCCGUUGUACUAUACUGAGACCUUAGAACUCAUGUCUCGGGAUAAGUGGCGGAAUUUGCGUGGUUGAUGUUUAUGAGCUCCGGUGACCACUUAACACCAAAUGGGCCUUGAGCUCGUUCAGCCAUAUUAGCAACAAAUAAAAAAAUAGAUAAAUAAUAAGAACCACAUGUAAAACAUGUUAUUAUUUUCGUUAUUAAUAAAUAAAGUGACUUGAUCUAAAAAGGCAAGGUACGAGUAGAUGGGUAACGUUCCAGAGGACGCAGUCCCACGAGAUGGUCGGACCAAAUACGAUCUUCUUUAAACAUCAACUUCCACAAUGCCCUUCAUGAAGCUAAGGAUCGCAGCAGAUGGAGGGAAAUCGUACGGGAGAAACUGAUGCAGCGGGGGAGUCACGACCCUCAGUAAUGAGGAUAAUGACGCGAGAAGGGAGGAUCAAAAAAGGAUUUAGGUUACUUUUGAGUGGGAUUAAUAUAUUUUUGCAUAUUUUACGUUUUUAUAGGUAACACAAUUUUUUUAUUAACACAAUUAUCGAAUGCGUCAGCUUCCUUCCUCAAAACAGAAACAAAAAUAACUUUUCUUAUCGCACGACUUGUUUAAUAAUCCUUAUUUAUGUUACUACUUUCGUUUGGACCGUUGAUAAACAAAAAGUCCUCAUAUCAGAAAAUCAUAUACAGUAUAAAUAAACGACUCGAUAUUAAAAAAUCAUCAUAACUUACUAUUGAUUCUGAGUACCAGUACAAGUUUCCUGCAAGAUGAAGUUCGCUCUAUUGUUCGUAUUGACCGCGAUCGUCGCGGUGUCGACUAAUGAAGUGGCUGACCCCAGAUCCACUGAUAGAGCUAACGCUUUGAGUAUCGGAAGUAUUACUUCAAGUGAUAGACUCUUACGGAGCUUUGUUGUGAGCCGUGCUGCUACAAUUAACUCGCGGGUUGUCAACGUGAGGUUCACGGCGCCUGCCGGUAGACGCGUCAGGGCUGUCCGCGUCCGAGGAUCGACACAGUUCGCGAGGGUCCGCCGCACCGGAGGCGGCGUCGGCUUCACUUUCGUGAAUCUUCAGUUCGUGAACGCGCCGCGAAGAGGAUUUCGCUUUACCGUACAAAUUUGGGGACGCUAAAAUGCAUAUUCUGGACGUUUACAUGCAAAUACACGAAGUUUUUGUUUUUUCGUUUGCACAAAAAAUUCGUUCUCCCCAUUUUUUUAAUUAAUAAUUCGCGUAUUUAUUUCGAAGCUUCCUUGUCUUUUUUUUCGGACUGUAAAUUACUGUGGCAACAUUAUAAAUUAAUUUCAAAAUAAAAAUCUAGACUACCUAUAA